UCCUCCUUCCACUCCAAGUCCUGGUCGGCUCCGACAGCGCGAUUCCUUCCUCCUGGCGCUGCAUAUAGAUCCGUAUAUAGAUCCGUGGACAGAGCAAACGUCGAUCGUCUGUCCUUACGGGCUACUGGCGCUGCAGUGGCGGCUCUCAUGGCGCAGGGCGACGAUCACCGGAAAAUCAUUGCCCCGAAUGGAUCGGUUGCUUCAGCGAAUAAAAGAAAAGGUUCGCCCUGUCAGCAAGAUGGCGAUCCUUAUUUUCUAAAAAAAAACGGUGAUGGUGAUUCUCAAGCUGGCGGAACAACAAUGGGAUGCUCACUCCCGUACCUUCCAGAGGAUAUCUGGCAUCAUGUCCAUUCUCUAAUGCCACUGCGUGAUGCUGCUCGUGCUGCUUGCCUGUCGCAUGCCUUUCUACGAUCCUGGAGGUGUUAUCCCAACCUCACCUUCAAUGAGGAUGCACUUAGGCCUGAAGGAUGUAGGUACAGUGGUCGUUUCAAAGACGCAGUUGACUGUAUUAUGAGAAAUCACUCAGGCAUUGGUGUGAAGAUAUUGGAGCUCCGACCAUUUUGUAUCGCUUAUGACAAUCUUAAAAGGUGGCUUCGGGUUGCUGUUAAACCAGGGAUUGAAGAACUCAACCUUACGAUUUGGCAUCCAUUAAAAGAGAACUGCAAGUUUCCCAGAUCGCUUUUAUCUGAUGGGGUUAGGAACUCACUUCGGUGUCUUAAACUUGGUCGUUGUACCUUCCAACCCACAGCUGAACUCGGCCCCUUUCUAAACCUAACAAGUCUACGUCUUACACAUGUGCGUAUUACGGAGGAUGAGUUACAGGGUCUUCUUUCGAAUUCUCUUGCUUUAGAGAAGUUGGAACUGAUUGGGUGCAAGGGAAUAAUUUGCCUGAGGAUACCUUGUGAGCUUCAGCACUUCAGCUGCCUGAGGACUUCUGGAUGCAUGAGUCUGAAAUUGAUAGAGUGCAAAGCUCCAAAUCUCUCCACUUUAGUCUUUUGCGGAAAACCAAAACUAUUGCUUGGAGAAGCUUUGCAAAUGAAGACAUUACGCAUAUCACGUUCAGGUGUUAUCUGUUAUGCUCGUACUGAGCUGCCAUCCAUUAUGCCAAAUCUCGAUACUCUUUACUUAUGUUCCAGUGACGAGGUGGUCGAUACACCAAUGCUGCCUACCAGAUUCCUCUGCCUCAAGCACCUGACCAUUUAUCUGAUAUCAGGACCCUCGCCUUAUGACUAUUUUUCUCUGGUUUCUUUCCUUGAAGCAUCUCCUUCCUUGGAGACUUUGAGCUUGGAUGUGUUGAAGAAACCUAUGGAUAAUGAAACAGUUUUUGGACAAUUCCCACAUUUGAGGCAGAUGACUGAAGAUCGGCAUUGCCACCUCAAGAAUGUGAAGAUCACAGGGUUCAGCUCUGCAAAAGGCUUGGUUGAGCUAACCUGUUAUAUCCUCAAGAACGCAGUGUCACUCGAGUUUCUUACAUUGGACACCAAUUGUGGUUCUACUAGCAGGUGUUCUGACAAUGGAAUUGGGCGGUGCCCCUCCAAGGGCAACGGUCUAAGGGAAGCUUGUAGAGUGCUUCGGGCUAUUAGAACAUACAUUGAGAAUAAAGUUCCUGAAAGAGUUAAGUUUACUGUUGUGGAUCCUUGUAGCCGAUGCCAUAAGUAGUCAUAAUCACUUGCAUCAUGUAUGAUAUUCCUAAUUUAAUUUAAUGUACCAUGAUGUGUUUCUUGAUCAAGCUAUUGCAGUUGAGCAA